CUUUACGCGGAAGUCAGCCUGUUCAAGCCCGUCCUUCUCUGGGUGAGCGCAGCGGGCAGCUCUGGGCCAAUCUGCGACCCUCGGUCACGAGCCCGUGUGCCCUCAGAGGGUGCCCGGACAGGGAAUUCCAGAAAGAAGAAUCUGAGGACCCAGCCUUGGAGAACAACAUUAUUUACACAGGAAUUCUGAAGACAUCCUAAGAGGAAUACAUCUGAAGAGGCAGAUGAGUGCCUUCUGUUCUGUGUAUUGUCUUAAUUUAGUUCUGGGAUUUUAGUAAGGACUCUUAAAUAAGAGACCUUAGAUGCUAAGCACUUAAUAGCCUGCUGCUGUGUCUCACAAAGUAUGGUUAUCUGAAUCAUCUACAUCCAUACAAAUUUACUUUAAAACCAGAUUCCAAGGCUGCACUUCAGGUUUACAGAAUCAGAAUUUUAUGAAAUUAUGCCAAGAAUUUGAAUUUUUAGCAAGUGACUCUUAUUCUGCCACUGAGAUAAUUUGUAUUCUCAUUACAGUUUUAGAGCCUCUGGUGUCGUAGGUGAUAAUGAACAUGAUCACCAAUAAUAUUAGGUUGAGGAAUUUAUUUGUUCAUCUUUGAAAGUUUAUGUCAUUAAAUAAGAGCAACUAGUCUGUUGUAUUGUGGGAAAUAGCACAUAUUCAUAGCCAAACAUAAGGAAAUAUCUUAAACUCAUGCCAUAUCAUUUUAGUAACACUUUAUGAAAGCUCUUACCACAGUUUUUAAAACCACUUCCCUCUUGUGGAAAGUUUUUACUUUUUCACUUUAUUUCUAUUAUAGAUAAUGUCUUUAUUUUAGAAGUAGUAAACCAUAUCACCAUAAAAUUGUAGAUUCUAGAGUCAUAGUUCCUCAGUUUAAAUUAUAGCUCCUUUACCCCUGUAAUUGGGGAAAAAUCAGUUUCCUCAUCUGUAAUAGGUGUGUCAGCAUAUGUAUAAUUUCAUUGAGUUGUUACAAUUAAAUGGGUAAACAAUUACAAAAUACUUAAAGUAGUUCCUGUCACAUCAUGACCAUUUAAUAAAUAUGGAUUUUAUGUGAAUCUAGAAUCUAAUUAUGUUAAACAAUUUCUGUAUGAUAAAAUUUCAGGAUGUUUCUGCUAUUUAUGUUCAUUGCUUUUCAAAAAGAUAGUAUCAGUUUAUGUUAUAAUUGUAAAUGCAAUGUUGCAGUGUAUCGCUGGUAUGUGGAUAUAAGUGCAGGUUAAUGUGUAAGCUUGUGGAAGACUGGGACCUUAUUGGUCUGUCUUUCUUGUUUGUGCUAGAGAUCAAACCCAGGCCUUUGCAAAUACUAAAUGUGGUUUCUACCACUGAGUUAUGCCCUCAGCUCUUUUUAAGUCUUUUGUUACUGGCAAUGUGGCUAGGUGAAUUUUCAUAAAUUAUAGUUGCUUUUGAAAGAUCAUGUUAAAGAAAUAUGCUAAAAAUCUGUAUGUGUGUGUGUGUGUGUGUUUUCUUUAAAAUAGAUUGUGAAGCCAUGGCCAUUCUUUUUGCUGUUGUUGCCCGGGGAACCACGAUCCUUGCCAAACAUGCUUGGUGUGGAGGAAACUUCCUGGAGGUGACAGAGCAGAUUCUGGCUAAGAUACCUUCUGAAAAUAACAAACUAACGUACUCACAUGGCAAUUAUUUGUUUCAUUACAUCUGCCAAGACAGGAUUGUAUAUCUUUGUAUCACUGAUGAUGAUUUUGAACGUUCCAGAGCCUUCAAUUUUCUGAAUGAGGUAAAGAAAAGAUUUCAGACUACUUAUGGUUCAAGAGCACAGACAGCACUUCCAUAUGCCAUGAAUAGUGAGUUCUCAAGUGUCUUGGCUGCACAAUUGAAGCAUCACUCUGAGAAUAAGGGAGUAGACAGAGUGAUGGAGACUCAAGCUCAAGUGGAUGAACUGAAAGGAAUCAUGGUCAGAAACAUAGAUCUGGUUGCUCAGCGGGGAGAAAGAUUGGAAUUAUUGAUAGACAAAACAGAAAAUCUUGUGGAUUCAUCUGUUACCUUCAAAACCACCAGCAGAAAUCUUGCUCGAGCCAUGUGUAUGAAGAAUAUCAAACUCACUAUCAUCAUCAUCAUCAUAUCAAUUGUUUUCAUCUAUAUCAUUGUGUCACCUCUCUGUGGUGGAUUUACAUGGCCAAACUGUGUGAAGAAAUAAAGGAGCUGUUAACCAAGGAUAAGAGGGACAAAAGAGUUAAAAGUAAUUCAUGUAACUCAGGCUUUGCAGUACUUACAAAAAGUGUCUGCCAAUUGCUUCAACCCUCUUUUCACUUAAAAAAUAUAUAUUUGUCCUAACAGUUUAUUCCAGUGCACUUCAGAUUGAAUCAUUGAUCACAGCAGUAGCUUUAGAAAGGCUUUUGUUUGUUAACUAGUGUCAUCUACUUCUAUAAUUAAUCUUAGUGUUAAUUGCACAAAGUUGUUGCCAAGGUAAAAGCCACCACUCAUACAACUUGUCUAAUAAAAUUAUGAUUUUUUAUGCACACAGAAGUAUUUGGGAGAUAACAUUACUAGCAACUUAUCUUCAUAUCUUUUGUUAUGGAAGAGUUUCAGGUGCUUCAAAACAAUACAAAUGGAGAAUUGUUCUUAUUUUGGGAAUUGUACUUAGUUGUUGGUGCUGCUUAUUUACAGUAGGAGCCCAGAAAGGUAAAGUACUAAACAUUAUUUGAAUUAUAUGUGGAUCAUUUUCCUAGCCUGUUAGAAACACAGAGAUUAUACUUUUCCUCCUAGCAUUUACUUUUGGGAAUAAAGUUAGUGAAAGAACAGUAGAUAGUUUGAUAUCUUCUGUUUCUUCAUUGUAGUUGAUUUGAGGAGAUUUCUAUUUAAAUAUUUCUAAAAGUUGUGGAGUUUUUUCAUAUUCCUUUUUUUCUGUGUAUAUUUGGGGCAUAUGUGUUGUUAGUAGAAUGGGUAAUGGAGGGUUGGGGAGGCAAAUGAUUGACUUGCCAAAGAAGAACAGAACACAGUGAAUGUACUAGCAUUUUUGCUGUACAAGAGAGGUAAGAUUGAAAGGUGGUAUAUUUUCUAUUCUGAGAAAAGCCCAAAAUCAAUACUGCUAAACAUCAAGUCCAGAUUUGGAUUUGACUCCUGUUGAGUAAUAGAGUAUCCUUUAUGAUUUAAUAAAUUCUUUUUUUCUGCCUAA